AAUCGAUAGCAGAAACCCUAAGCGAAGAAUCAGAAUCGAAAUCAAGAUGUCGUACUUGUUGCCUCACUUGCACUCGGGAUGGGCCGUGGAUCAGGCAAUCCUCGCCGAAGAGGAGCGUCUCGUCGUCAUUCGGUUCGGCCACGAUUGGGACGAGACCUGCAUGCAGAUGGACGAGGUGCUGGCGUCGGUGGCGGAGACGAUAAAGAACUUCGCGGUGAUAUACCUGGUGGACAUAACGGAGGUGCCUGAUUUCAACACCAUGUACGAGCUCUACGACCCUUCCACGGUGAUGUUCUUCUUCAGGAACAAGCACAUCAUGAUCGAUCUCGGCACCGGCAACAACAACAAGAUCAAUUGGGCUCUCAAGGACAAGCAGGAGUUCAUCGACAUCGUUGAAACUGUCUAUCGUGGCGCCAGGAAGGGACGCGGUCUCGUCAUCGCUCCCAAAGAUUACUCCACCAAGUACCGCUACUGAUUCGGAUUCGGAUAUAUGUAUAAUAAAACAAUUUACUUGUGUUGGCUAAUUGUAUCAUUGUUCCCAUUUCGCCUCAUUUUAUAUACGCACACUUUAAACCCUAACUUUGUGAAUUUGGUAUUGUCAUCUGCUAAAUUGUGAAUUUGGUUUGAAUAAUUAUUUAGUUUAAUGACUUUGAGUGAUACAGCACAUAGGUGCUCUAAUUUAA